AGCGACGGUUUACCACAGCGACCACUAACUCCAACCUGUAUGACAACCUGGUUGUGUCAGAUAAUGUCAUUAGAUGCGGAACAAGAUUUGUGUAUCUUUGAACUAAAGAGCUAGUUGGUAAGUUGCUAUCGUCUUGAUUCUGUUGUCUGAUUCAGGGAUUAUCCUGUAUAGUCGCUCUUCGCUCCCGCAGUCAGUAUGAGGCGGUAGGGGUUUCAGGCCUGCAAUGCCGGGGGAGGAGUACCAGUGACAAAAGUAAAGCGUGAUUCACCCAAUGUGUGCCAUGUCACAGCGAUGACGCUUAGAAAGCAAUAAAGAAUUAACGGGACCAGGUGAUCGGUGUGAUGUUGAGGAGGACUGAUCGGAUAUGGCCGAGAAAAUUGUUGGGCCUGUUUCAAGCUUAGUGCUCAGCUGCGAUGAAACACUGUCAGAAAACGCCCUCACAGUGUCGCCGUACAGCGAAGACCCUCAAAGAGCCUGGAUAGAGUUGCACAGACAACUCACGGUAGACAAAGUCAAGCCUCUACCAUUAAACACUCCUGUCCGCGAGGAUGCUGUGCGCUUUGUGUGUAUAUCUGACACACACGAUAAACUCCAGGAGCUCAUGAAAGAACCACGAAAGGGAGUGGAUAGGAAGGGAAUUCCUCCUGGAGACGUCUUACUACAUGCGGGUGAUUUCACUUUUUUGGGCACAGCCGGACGGGUUAAAAAGUUCAAUGAAAUUCUGGGUAUGCUUCCACAUCGGCACAAAGUUGUUAUAGCUGGCAACCACGAGCUGUCUUUUGAUGACAACUGUGAAAAGAUGAUAUCAGGAAUGAUGGCGUCUCAGAAUAGGUCGGUUUUGCGAGAAGCCGGAGUAUCAGCAGUUCAGGAUCUGCUAACAAACUGUGUCUAUCUGCAGGACUCAUCAGUGGAGAUAUACGGGAUUAAGAUAUACGGGUCACCAUGGCAGCCAGAGUAUCGUGGCUGGGCGUUCAAUGCUCCACGUGGCUGGGCGUUGCUGAAGAUCUGGAAUAAGAUUCCAUCUGACACAGAUGUCCUGAUGACCCAUGGACCCCCGUUAGGUUACGGCGAUUUGCUGAAGUCUUCCCAGAGAGCUGGGUGUGUGGAUCUCCUGAACACAGUGCAGAAGCGAGUCCGUCCUCUCUACCAUGUGUUUGGUCACAUCCACGAGGGUUAUGGUGUUUUCUCCGAUGGUCACACAACCUACAUCAACGCCUCCACUUGUACCACUAAGUAUUUCCCAACAAAUCCACCAGUUAUAUUUGAUAUACCUUUGAGAAAAGGGUUUACAAAGACAUCCUGACAGAGUUUUAAAAGUCGUACUGCCUCUAUACGUGAGGUUGAUUCACUUAACUUUCAAAUUGGCUUAUUCCAAAUGAUGCCACAUUCUUCUCUGGACAGUUUCGUUUUGUUACAGAUGACGCUUCUGUGUGUGGUUCAGAGCUGCUGUCGUUAGUUGUAAGCUGUGUGACGUUUGCCUUAUGUCAGAGGCAAGCAAAACUUAACACAUGUGCUAGUCAUUCACUUGGCAUCAGGUGCUCCUAAUUAUUUCUAUGUUGUGGGCAUCUGGUCAAUGUGCGUUUGCGUGCAUGGACGUACGAGUUUAUCAGUGAGAGAUUUUCCAAUUCUGCUUUGUUGACUACAUGUUGCUCAUUUCUUAUUAUUAUCAUUCUGAAAUUGGGCAAUUCAAAGGAGAGUUUGUGUCAAACUUGUAUAGAGCCUUGGUCAAUCUCUGGCCUGGAAAAAGCUUUGAUUUGGUCACAUCCAUUCUGCUCCUGUCCAUUGAGGUCAGAGGUUCGAGUCCUGAUGUUGCUUGUUUGCCGGUGGCUUUAAAUUGUGAGAUUUGUCACAUACCUAGCUGGGGAAGGGC